UAGGCCCUAUUAAACGAAUAAAUAUAGACUUUAAUUGAAUCAGUAAUACUGCUUGUAAUAGUGUUUCCAUAAACAAUGACAUCACCAGUUAUUGUACAUACUAAUUUUAUUGACUAUAUGUGAAAAUAGUUACACAUAAAGUGUGGCUAGACUGUAAAAUCAAUAAAUGUGAUGCUAAGCCUCUAAAAUGAAUAAUACAAAUUAAAGUUCGCCGUUUUCUACGCGUCCACCAGCUUUCUUAAACAGGCACGUUGAUAAGUCACCCCGCUCGAGCUUGGAAUGGACUUUCUAAAAAGAAUCGUUUCAAAUGAAUCGGUUCCUUCGUAAAUCGCCCAUCAUUCUUCCGUGCACCAUCCAGGAUCCAGAAAACGCCUCGCGGUUCACUUCAUUUUUUUGUGCUGAAUCCGACAGUUUAAAGAUGACCACGACGAGACUGCUUGUAUUCUUCUUUCUGCCCUUGGUGCUGAUUCAUGGCACUAUCUCAGUAAUUGUGACAACCAGCAACCCAAAAAUGGAGGUUCAUGAGAACACAAAUGCUGUUCUCUCCUGUAAGUUCCAGACGGAAAGAGAGACCAUCCCACGGAUAGAAUGGAAAAAGAAAGGCCAAGAUGUCUCCUAUGUUUAUUUUGAUGGUGAAUUUACAGGCUUGUUUAAAGGCAGAGCUUCAAUCGAUGGAGCGACAGUGACCCUACAUGGUGUUAACCAGAAGGACUCAGGGGUCUAUCACUGUGAAGUCACUGCACGCCAAGACAAGAUCCGUCUUGGGGAGGUCACAGUCUCCCUCAAUGUGCUUGUACCUCCCCAUGCUCCUUCAUGCCAUGUGCCUGAGAUUGCAAUGAGUGGCUCUGUGGUGGAACUGCACUGUGAGGACAAGCUGACUGUCCCCCCUGUCACUUACAGCUGGUACAAGGACAACAGGCCCCUGAGCACAGCCCAGGCCCCAGACAUUAACUACAGUGUAGACAACAAAACAGGCACUCUGAAAUUUAAAAGCUUGUCAAAAUCUGACGCAGGACAAUACCGCUGUGAAACCUCUAACGGUAUUGGGCCAGCAAACAGCUGUGUGGGUCAACAUUUGAACGUCACUGAGUUCGAGCUGAAUCUGACAUUAGUAAUAGCAGUUGGAGUGGGGGCUGCUCUUUUACUGCUGUCCUGCUCUCUGGCUGUUUGUCUAUGCUGCCAGCGAGGCUGCUGUUGCUGCUACUAUAGUAAGUAUUCCCUCUGUCAAAAUCAUGUUACAGUUACAAAGUGCAGUUGCGUUUUAAAUGCGAUUUCUCAUGUUGCUAUUUGUCUUUGCUUGAUGAUCUGUUCUAAUCAGCUUCUGCAUUCUGCCAUUUUUUAA